AUGUUACAUUUAGAUGGCAGCACUUUGGAAGGGGGCGGUCAGCUAGUCCGCAAUGCGCUCGCUCUGUCUGCACUGACGGGGAGACCAGUAACGAUUAACAACAUACGAGGGAAGAGGAAUGGCCCUCGGGGCUUAAGGCGGUCGCACACCGCCGCGAUACAGUUCCUCGCUGAGGUCUGUGGCGGGCGCAUUGUCGGCGCUACAGUAGGAUCCUCCGAGAUUACAUUCUAUCCCCGAGACACGGAAGAUGCAAAUCUAAAUGGCGCAGUGGGAGAAGAUGAGGCCCCCUCUGUACUGCACAAGAGAGCGCGAUUACAUCCCAUCAAUUUGACAUUGCCAAUCCAAUACGAAUACAACAUUCGCCUUACAACUCCUGGCUCUACCUUCCUCAUCUUUCAGGCGUUAUAUCCAUACCUCAUGUAUGCCGGCGCGAGGCUGCACAGACACGGCGAGGGCGUCAACGGUAGCUCGGUUAGCCAAGUUAUCAAGUUGAACAUCACCGGUGGCACAAACAUAUCAUUCUCUCCGUCGUAUGACUACGUAGCUCAAGUACUCAUCCCUACCUUCGCAAGAUUAGGCCUCCCAAGGCUCUCUGUUAAGUUAAAUCGCCGUGGGUGGAGUACUGGGGCAGUCCAAAUAGGCUCAGUAUCUUUUGAAAUUGAACCCCUUGCUAUCUCACGCGCGAGUGGAGUUACGGCCGAACAGUCAGAUACGAAAGAGGCUGGCCAGCAUACAUGCCCAAAGGAGUCAGCUGCUGGAAACCCCGGACGUGAGAGCUCAGGCGGGGCAGAGUCUUCUCUUGCUUUUACUCCUAGGUUUCCCCGCAUUGACUUGGAGAAUUUGGACCCUGGGUACAUAACCAGAGUCGAUAUCACUAUUCUAGCUCCCGAUACCACUCUUAGCCAAGCCGCAGCGCUCAGACAUUCGAAAAAGGCUCAUCAUCGAACACGCAAGAAUGGAAAGUAUAUGCAGCACGGUACGAACCGCCCUAAGAAACAUUAUUCCAAAGGGAAAGUGCUAUCCGAGGAAUUUGCUGAGGAUGGAUCUGAAGUUCAUGCGCCCACGAUUUCAGGGAACAGAGGUUUGUAUGAGUCUCCCGGACUUCAGUCAGUCUCAAUCCGUGGUUUUCUAGAGGAUACUGCAAUGGAAUCGGUCACCAAAGCUCUAAGAGUAUUCUCCGAUAAUGAUCCCAGAACCACCAAGCAGCCCUCGCCGAACGAAACACCGAUUGUCAGAAUUCACACGACGGAGCCAACAUACGACCCAUCCCACAUCUAUCUUCUUCUUGUGGCCCAUACAUCCACAGGUUUUCGACUUGGCAGAGGUCAGCUAUAUUCCGAAUAUCAAUCUGGACAAGGGAAUACAGCAUAUCGCAUUCGAAGCCCCCAGGAACACAUGGAGACCUUGUUCCGCGAGAUGGUAAAUGAAUGCGUAGCCGGUUUGAUGGAAGAAUUUCUCGUUACGACUGAUGCAGGGACAAAUGAUGCCCCAAGGAUGGGAACUAAAGGUUGUUUAGACACAUUUACAAGAGACCAAGUUGUUGUUUUCCAAGCCCUGGGAGCACUGGACGAAGAUAGGGAGAGCUGUGAAUCUGGCAACCAAAGGGAGGAAGCGGGUCUGAGCUUGCAUUCACGCACAGCAAUUUGGGUUUCUGGGCAGGUCCUCGGGGUGAGGAUAUAA